AAAAGGGAGAGGACCAGAAAGACUGUAGCUAACAGCCAUGGAGGACACCCAGCAGAAACCUGCAAACCCAGAGCCUAGCCCUGCACCCAGUCCAGCACCCAGUCCAGCACCAAGCCCACUACUGGACAGAAUUCCGUUGCCUGCACCAAACCAUGUGGAGCAUCUAAAUGUGAACCAGAUCCAGGUGGUGGUACGCCGCUGCUCAAGUCCGAAUGUAACAGAGGAGACAACCUAUUUUAUUCCUCGUAACCCUGUAGUGGAUGCCGGUACCAACACAGAUCCACCAGUGGUUUGUUGUCCUUUGCUGCGCAGGUUUUGCCCCUGUCCACCAAGAGGCCUUCUCGCCUCGUUCAUCACCAAAGUUCUUUUGGCAGCUGUGCUCUUUGGAGUGGUUUGGUCAGUCACGGAGGAUGAAUGUCUCCCUGGAGGAAACCUGUUUGGCAUCACAAUACUCUUCAUCUCUGCAGUCAUUGGUGGCAAACUGGUGGCUCUCAUUCAUCUGCCCAAACUUCCACGCCUCCCACCACUCCUUGGUAUGCUGCUGAUGGGCUUCCUGCUGAGGAACAUCCCAGUUGUUACAGACGGGGUGUACAUUGACUUCAGGUGGUCUGCAUCCCUGAGGAACAUUGCUCUGGCUGUCAUCCUGGCGAGAGCUGGUUUGGGGUUGGAUCCCAUGGCUUUAAGGAAACUGAAAGCUGUGUGUAUACGUGUGGCUGCUGGGCCAUGCUUGAUAGAGGCUUGCACUGCAGCUCUGAUCUCUCACUUCCUCAUGGGCUUGCCCUGGGUAUGGAGCUUCAUCCUUGGCUUUGUGCUGGGAGCUGUGUCUCCAGCUGUGGUGAUUCCCUCCAUGCUGCUGCUGCAGAAGGAUGGUUAUGGCGUAGAGAAGGGCAUCCCCACCCUGCUGAUGGCUGCAGGCAGCUGUGAUGACAUUCUUGCCAUCACAGGGUUCACCGCAUGCUUGGGCAUAGCCUUCGCCACAGGUCCAACUUGGUACAACCUCCUCAGAGGGGUGCUGGAGGUGGCAGGAGGGAUGGUUGCUGGGAUUCUUUUGGGCUUUCUCAUCCAGUACUUCCCUAGUGUCGACCAGAAACACUUGGUGAUGAAGCGUUCCUUCUUGGUGCUGGGUCUGUCCAUCUUUGCCGUGUUUGGCAGCGGUGUGGCAGGCUUUCCUGGCUCUGGAGCCCUCUGCACCUUGGUGCUGGCAUUCCUGGCUGGCCUCGGCUGGGGGACAGAAAAGGCACGUGUGGAGGAAGUGUUAGUGUGGGCGUGGAAUGUGUUUCAGCCUCUUCUCUUUGGACUGAUUGGAGCCGAGAUUCGAGUCUCUGAGUUGGAGAGACACUCAGUUGGUCUGGGUGUAGCCUGUCUACUGAUUGCUCUGCUCGUUAGAGUAUCGUUAACCUUCGUCUGUGUGUUGUUUGCGGGCUUCAACAUGAGGGAAAAAGUGUUCAUAGCCCUAGCGUGGAUGCCUAAAGCAACAGUGCAAGCAGCUAUAGGCUCCACAGCUUUGGACAUGGCGAGGAUAAAGGAUGACAAGCAGCUGCAGAAGUACGGCAUGGACGUGCUGACUGUGGCUGUGCUCAGCAUCCUUCUCACAGCCCCUGUAGGGGCGCUAAUCAUAGGGCUCUGUGGGCCAUGCCUGCUCCAGAAACCAAAGAACCCAGUCAGUGGUGAGCGAGUCAAACCCAAUUUAUCAGCUUUUUUCUUGGGCACUGCAGCAGGAGGUGAAGAUGACAGUGAAGCUCCCGUCACCUAUGAAAGUACACUCUGAUGUCAAGUGAGAGAGGACAUUUUAAGAGACUCCUCACACCUCAGAUAUUUGAACUUUUCUCUGGCCACUGAGUGGCUCUCGUCUCUGGUUGUUCAGCUCUCAUGAAUCAUUUUGUAUUUAUAGCCUCUGGUGAUUUCCAGGCCUAACACUCCAAACAAAUGAACCACCGUCCCACCGUCGUUGUGAGGAAUACAAAUAGGUCAUACUUUUAUAAAGGGUUGGGGUUUAAGAGCACUAAAUCCAGAAUAUUUCAAUUUUUUAUGAUUAGAUUGCUGUUAACUAUUUACUGCACUUUGACUCGAAAGGUAAUCCUGUGUUUUAUUCUAAGGGUCUUCUUUCCUGGUGGUUGGGGGGGGGUUAUACUACGAUGAAGAGGCACAUUUAAGUUUUAGGCACCCUACAUCUUAAUGCUGUGUUUGCGUACUUUGUUUUAUUUGUAUGCGUUUUAGCCAUCUGUCAGUGAGUAGUGUAGUUUACAAAGACUCAGAUCUGUGUAAUCCACAAUACUUUAAGCAUAACGCUGCUAAAUGUCCACUGUUGAUGUCGAUCAUGUCCGUAUUUGCAAAAACUGUAUAAAUCCAACAUUUUAUAAUUUAAGGACAAAAGUAGAAUUUUCACUACUGUUAUAUAGUUUUUUAUUACAGACUGUAUGUAGUGUUACUUAAGAUGUAUUUGAUUUUAAUUUAUAUGACCUAACUGAAAAGGUUUUGUAUUAGAAGCUUUUUAUGGAUUUUUUUCCACAUUUUUUUUUUUUUAUCCAAAUAUUCUUUAAACAAUAAAUGAGAAAACACACCAAGAAUAAUCAUCGAUCUUUAGUACGGGUGCAGUUAAAGCUUAAAUUAUUCAAUUGUGUUUACUGCUUUCUUUCUGGUCACACUAGCAGUGUGGUUCUAGGGAGGGUGAGUGAGCAAAGCUAUCAGUGUGGUCCUGGCAGAAAUCACUCUAUUGGAUACAUUGCUGUGAAAUUAGAUAUUUAUGGUAUCAGAAGAUGAAUGGCGGUCUACUAACUUUCAUGCUUCCAACGGGCCUGAGAUUUCAGUUAACCAGUGAAUCAGAUGGUUUGUCACGUAGUUUUGUAGAGAUGUUCAUGUUCCACAGACAACUUAUUAAAACUCUGGUGGCUUUCCUUGUAACCCUAAUAAAAAGACCUCAUUUGUUCUGAAGACUAACAUGUCUCAACACUUGUCAUGAAAUCUGGCUAAAAAGAAAAAAAAAAUCAUGUCCACUUCAUAACGCUUUCCAUUUCCACCUUUUCCUAGGAGACAGUUAGCUAGUUUACCUGCUAAAAAUUAGCAGCAGUCUUGCAGAGCCCCUUUUAACUCCAAAAUUAAGAAGCAGACAACACGAUGCAGCUCAUUCAUUUAACAUUUAACCAACU